CACAAAUCACACACGUACGCUGGCUGGGCUAGACCAGAACAAACGCACGCGCCCAUCUCUCUCGCUCAUGUCUGGUCCUCUCGAUCCCCUUGCGCCGCCGCCACAGACGUUGGCCGAUUCCGGCCGCUCCGGUGAGCUCUGGCGCCGCCCAGCACACCUACGGUUGCUCCUCGAUGAGCUCUGUCUAUUCCUCCACAUCAAUUUGUUUUCCUCUGCUCCCUGUGGUCGCCCCCUUCAGUUAUGUCUUGCUAGGGUUUCGGUGUUGGUCGUGCUCCUCCUGCUCGCCGGGGGCUCCGCAUGCGCGGCCAAGCCGCCGCCGCCGCCGCCGUGCAACCGGUCGUGCGCGAUGCUCAACUGCGACUCGGUGGGGAUCCGGUACGGCAAGUUCUGCGGCGUGGGGUGGAGCGGGUGCAAGGGGAGGACCCCUACGACGACCUCGAUGCAUGCUGCCGCGAGCACGACAGUUGCCUCAAAAAAAAGCGACAGUUUGGUUCACGAAGAUGUCUUUCCUGCACCGAAUGGCGGCCGGCUAGGAUGCAUCACCACCCAUGGGGCUUAAUUGUGCAUGGUUUUUGAUCUGACAGUUGGUGCGUAGGUGUAUCCU